CAGUAAGCAAGUGAACGUCAUAAAAAUCGGUUGUGUUACCUUCUUCGGAACUAAAAAUGUUUUACUUAAUAAAGUGCGGAAAGUUGUACGUUUUUGAGAAAAAGAAAUGUAAAAUAAUAUCAAAAAACAUUUGUUUAACAAAAAUAAAUGGAGCUACUUUUGAAGCAGAAAUUAUUAAUUCCAGUGAAUCAAAAGAACUUCUCGAAGGCCUAUGCAAAAAGAUGAAUGAGGCGUUAUACAAGGCCAAGAGCAAAACCUCUGAUGGUGGCGUUAACAAAGAAAACAUUCAAAAAGAUUCUGUUAAACAAAAAUUGUCUUACAGCAGUGAAGUAAAUAAUAAUGAAGUGGAACUUUAUAAAGAAUUAGAGGGCCAAACCUCUGAUGGUGGCGUUAACAAAGAAAACAUUCAAAAAGAUUUUGAGGCGAUUGGAGCAGAUGGCUUCGACCCCAUUCUGAAUUCUACAGAACAUUCAGAAAUUAGUUCAAAAGCAGUUAGUGGCUAUACCGACACUUUGGAAUCACUCGGAUCUAAUUGGCCAGAAUCUGCAACAUACGAUGGCAUCAACUCAUCAUUAACAAUAAACGAGUCAUUUUCAUAUGAAGCUCAACUGAACCUUUUGAGGAUUCUGGAUCCGAAUACAUCGACGAAAAUGAGUCUGAAAAGUCAAAAGAGGAAAUAG